AUGUGUUCUGAGGUGGGAGAGGACGGUGAAGCGGUCCUUCUCACCGGGAGAGGAGAAGCGGGAGCAGGAGCCCCACCUACAAAGGAGGGGGGGGGCGGAGGGGGAGAGGAGGCGUGCCUCGGGGAGGGAACCGCAGGCGCUGGAGGCGCUGGGGGGGCAGGGGGAGGAGGAGCGGAGGGGGUCGAGGGACCACAUGCAGGCGACGUAGGGGUCGCCUCUGAUGGAGAUGGCGAUCUGGCGUGGGCGGACGCCUCUGAUAACGAAAGACUGUCCCUCGGGAGUGGGGAGGACGAGAGCCUUGGCGGUGGGGAAGGCGCGACUGGCGAUUUUGAUGAGGGAGAGAAUCUUGCCUGGUAG